AAUUUUCACAACAUCCGAUUAACCCGGAAGCGUGUUUCUCUGCUGUGCAAGAUGAGUGUAGAAGUUGUUUUUUUAAUCACAGUUGGCCGAUGUUAUACCACGACAUGGCGUGGAAAAGCACAGGCACCCCACUCCCCCCAGCCUCCUUUCUCCUCGUUGUUCCCCCAGUGAGACUUGUAUCUGCGUUCAUGUUGCAAAUAGUGCAGCAGCAUGUUGUGACGCGGUAUGACAAGCUGGUGGACUUCAUCACCUUGACGACGGAGAUGGUCCCAGAGCUGCUGAAUCCCAGUCAGAGAGCUCAGCUGAUUCUGGGCCUGAGAGCAAGGCUGGUUCUGGAGCUGUGUCGUGGUGAUGGAGUCGCCAACCUGCAGGCCAUCCAGAGCCACCUGGAUAAAAUCCACGCCUGUGGCUCUGAUCUGAGCUCCACUGAUGAGAUGGUCAACGGUGAUAUUCUGGAGAUGUCGUACACCAACUUUGCCAGCCUGGUGCAGAACCUUUUAAAUGUUCCAUAUGAAAAGGAUUAUUUCUUCAGAGAGGUUUUUCCUGAAAACUACGGCUCUAACUAUGACCAAAGACUGCAGCAGCUGGUGUCUCGGUUCCUCUCCCGUCUGGAGCAACUGCUGCCCAUACCCGACCUGCAGCAGACGGCGGCGUGGCUCACUGAGACCGACUACGUGGCAGAGGAAUUUGAUCAGCAUCUGUCUGAAUCACUUGCUGUGAAGACUCUGCUUCUUCAUCACAGACACUUGGGAACUCUCAGCUCGGACUCCUCCUGCAGUGAAGAAGAUAACCUGUUGUCCACUCUGGCCCUCCCUGUGCAGACUGCAGUGGAGAGGUUAACUGAGCAUUUCAGUGAAGGUGAUGAUUAUGUGAGUGAGGAACAGACACUGGAAGAAUUAGAAGAAGACUCCAAUAAAGACAACGCAGAUGAGUCGUUGCCAAAAAAAGAGACAGGUCAUCCAGCCCGUUUAUUUGUCUGCUCUCAGUGUUCGUUCACUCACCAAACAAAGAGGAAGGUCCAGCAGCACAUCCGGAGUGAGCACCACAUGACUGUUCCUGUUCUGAAAAGGUUUUCUGUGAAAGACGGAGAAAGGACCCGGCAGACAAGUAAAGAGUCCAACACUGAGAGGGAUGCACAAGGGGGUGGCUCGAAGAAAAAGAAGAAACAAAAAGACGGUGACAAAAAAAAGCGGGAACACAAGUGGAAGAAGAAAGACAAUUUGGAAAACAAGGGACGAUGUGCGACGAAAGAGCCCACGGAGGAGGACAAAAGGUUUCUGAACAGGAGAGCUGUGAACAAAAACUUCACGGAGGAAGAAACCAAAUGCUCGAAGUGUGAAAAGGUUUUUGAACUUCCAAAUCAACUUAAGACUCACAUGAAGCUCCACAGCUUGAAGCACCACUGCAGCCAAUGUGAGAAGGGAUUCAGCAGCUCGUCAGGCUACUAUCAGCACCAGAGACUCCACAAGAGUGGGCGCAUUUUCAACUGCAGCCAUUGCAACAAGGGAUUCCUGUGCAACUACUCGCUGAAGCAGCAUGAACGUUUGCACGAAGGCCCGUCCAGCCAGUGCGGGGUGUGUGGGAAAGGCUUCAGCAAAGCAGGCAUCAAGAGGCACAUGCAGAUGCACAAAGGGGAGAAGAAUUACCUGUGCACAACGUGCGGGAAGAUGUUUUUUUCGUCCGGAGAGCUGCUGCUGCACACUCGCUCGCACACCGGAGAGACACCGUACACCUGCACCCACUGUGGGAAAGGAUUCUCCUCUAAAAGUCACCUGAUUGUUCACAACCGCUCUCACACAGGGGAGCGGCCGUACCUCUGCUCCGAGUGUCCCAAACGUUUCCUCACACUGAACUGCCUGAAGAGACACACGCUCAGCCACAACGGGGUCAAACCGUUCAAAUGUCCGAACUGCGAGAGAGAAUUCUCCCAGCAGGGGAAUCUGAAGAGGCACAUGGCGACUCAUAAGCCCGACACGUGACGUGAAGCUUCUUCUGCCGAUAGGAAAGGGUUUUUGAGUUCAAGUUUCUUUGGAAACACACGUUAAAUAAAGAUCCCAUCUCU